CCAGGGGCAAAUCUUAAUGAUAUUGCUAACCAGGCUGAUGAUUUAUUAGAGACAAUGGAAUCUAGGCCUGCUGUUCCUGAUCGGAAACUGCUUGCAAGACUUGUUUUGAUCAGAGAGGAAGCUCGGAAUAUGAUGGGUGGUGGAAUAUUGGAUGAAAGAAACAACCGUGGUCUUAGUACACUGCCAGAAGCAGAGGUGAACUUCUUAAGCAAGCUAGUUGCUUUGAGACCUGGAAAAACUGUCGAAAAUAUGAUACGUGAUGUGAUGCAUGGGAAAGAUGAAGAUGCAGACAACUUGGACAUUGGAGAUGAAGAUCCUAACAAUAGACAAAAGACACUAAGUGGAAUAGCUGGAAGGGGUAGUGUUACAGGCCGUAAGCCACUUCCUGUUCGUCCUGGAAUGUUCCUUGAGACUGUUUCCAAGGUCUUGGGUGGAAUUUAUGCAGGGAAUGUAUCUGGCAUUACAGCUCAACAUUUAGAAUGGGUUCAUCAGAAGACCCUUGAAAUUCUUCAAGAGAUGGCCUUUUAAUUUUGUGAGCAGAUUCUGAUCACGUCUUUGCUCUUUGAUUCAGCCAAAGUUGGAAGCAGGUGCACAGAGUAUUAUCCUUCACAGUGUGCAACUUCAGAUAUCACCAAAACUAGCAUUGUUAGGUCAUGAGCUUUCCGAUGAUCAAAAAGGUGUGACCACCAAGAGAAAGGAAGUGUGGCAUUGCCCAGCUGAGGCAUGGUCAAAUUUGUAUGGCAGCAACCUCUGGCUAAUGCAUUGACAUUAGAGUCAGAAUGAGUCUGCAGUGCCUUUGAGUUGUAUGAAAGGUCACUUACUGCUUGAUGAAGCAUCUUCUUGUGAAGUUUUCUUUGCAGUCUGCGGGUCAAUAAAUUGCCGUCUAGAAUCCCUAAAUCACUACGCCUAGACACUACUACAAAUUUUAACAGUCCUCUAGUUUCUUGCUCUUCAACUUGCAAUUUUUUUUUACCUAUGACCUGAAUUGGCUUCAUCUGGAUGUUAAAUUUCUGUUGUGUUU